AUGGCAGUAUCAAAGCGAAAGACAAGAAAACCACGAAAGGACGAUGUCUACGACCUCGAUGCGAUCGCUACGCAGCCAAGUAUUUGGGACUCGCCAGACCUCGAGCGAUACAAAGAACUCUAUAUCCACCCGGAGUGGGAGAAUUGGUCAGCUUUUGAUCCCAACUUUCGCUGGACCUGGCGUGAAGAGAAUAAAGUACGACGCAAAGUUGACUGGAAGAUAAUGAUCUGGGUUUGUGUCAUGUUUGCUGCCUUGAACAUCGACAGGAACAACAUUCAGAACGCUGUAUCGGACAACAUGCUUGAUGAUUUGGGUAUCACUACUUAUCUACUCCAGAACAUCGGACAAACCAUUUCUCGGGUCGGCUUUCUCGUGGCCGAGUUACCUUCCCAGCUGAUCUCCAAACGCAUUGGCCCCGAUAUGUGGAUCCCAAUCCAGCUUUGCCUCUUCAGUUUCAUUUCAGCUAUGCAAUUCUUCUUAAAGGGCCGUGCAUCUUUUCUUGCUACCCGAUAUUUGAUUGCCACAUUUCAAGGUGGUUUUAUUCCCGACACAAUUCUCUACCUUAGUUACUGGUACACUGGCACAAGACUUCCAAUCCGACUAGCCUGGUUCUGGAGGUCAUCUCAACUUGUGGACAUAGCUGUUGGUUUUGCAGCUGUCGGUCUGGUAUCUAUGCGAGGAUUGCUUGGAUAUGAAGGCUGGAGAUGGCUCUUCCUCAUUGAGGGCGCCUUCACGUUUCUGAUCGGAAUCGCAUCCUUCUUUCUGAUGCCUCAGUCACCUGCCAGGACUGAGAGUUUUUGGUGUCCCAAGGGUUACUUCAACAAAAAGGAACAAAAAAUCAUUGUCAACUCCGUUAUUCGAGAUGACCCUCAGAAGGGAGGCAUGAAUAACAGACAAGGUCUAUCUAUCCGACAAAUCUGGGAAUGCACCAAAGACUACGACAUGUGGCCUCUGUAUGCUCUCGGCUUGCUUUUUGGGCUGCCCAAGUACCCUGUCAACCAAUACCUUACCCUAUCCUUCCGUGGUCUCGGCUUCAAUGUCAUCGAGUCCAACUUGUUAUCGAUUCCGUACAUCAUUGGAUCCUGUAUUACAAUGCUGGCCAUCACAGCCUUCAGUGAGCUUAUUAACAACCGAAGCUUUGUGUCUAUGGCGGAGGAUGCAUGGUUACUUCCGUGCUUUGUGGCACUAAUCGCCCUUCCAGAUCCGAUUGGCCCUUGGGCUUACUUUGCAAUCUCGACUGUUCUGCUGUCAUUCCCUUAUACUCACCCGAUUCAAGUCGCUUGGACCAGUCGGAAUGCUGGGUCAGUACAAAACAGGACAGUAUCUGCAUCUCUUUACAACAUGUGGGUUCAAGUCAGUGGAAUGAUUGGGGCCAAUAUUUACCAGCCUGAUGAUUCUCCACGAUACUUUAAAGCAAACAAGGGCCUACUUGUUAUUUGCAUCUGGAUGUGUCUUAUCCAAUACCCAGGCACAUUCUUCUAUUACAGGUGGCGGAACAACCAAAAGGCCAAGAAAUGGGAUGCAAUGACGCCAGAUGAACAGCACCAGUACAGGACAACUACCUCUGAUAAAGGCAAUAAGCGGCUCGACUUUCGCUUCGCUACUUAA